CAACAUCCAGAUCCUCCUCUCUUCUUGCAUAUGCUACUCUCUCAUUGUUUUGCAGUGGUAUUCGCUCUCUCUGCACUGCUCGCCGGCCUUGCCCUCGCCAUCGACGAAGGGUUCGGCAUGGAGUGGACGGCGGCAGAGCUGGCGGAGGCAAGGUCGGUCAUCGCUAGGGUCAGCGACGCCUACAACUCCGGCGUAGGCAGCAGCAGCAGCGCCUGCGACACCAAGCACGACCGCAUUAUGAGGGAGCUCCAGGCGAGGUUCCCGUCGAGGACCAUGGUCCAGGUAAUCGAUCUGUACGUUAAUCUCACGGUGGAGACGGCGGCGCAGCCGCAGGACGCCGGCAGCGCCGGCGACGCCGCCGCCGUCGUCCACCCUACUUUUGCCGGCGGCAUGCCCGUUGUGAACAACAACGACGGCAUGGUGCAUGGUGGUGCUGCUAUGGAGGUGGGGGCGGUGGCGGUGAACGGCGGGGACGGUGAGGUGGUGAACCCGGACAAUGCUGAUGACGAUGUGCUUUGGACUGAUUAUGAGCACAGGCUGUUUCUGACUGGGAUGCGUGUGUACGGGCGUGGCGACUGGAGAAACAUCUCGAGGUACUUCGUCAGAAGCAAGACGCCGGAGCAGAUCUCCAUGUACGCCGACAACUACUUCCACAUGAUGGAGAUCGCCGCGGCCAUGGAAGCCGACGGCGGCGACGACGACGACGGCCACCAUGAAAUCAAUAACAACAACAACAACUUGGGCGGCGGCCAGCUGCACGCCGUCGUCGGCGCCGUCGGGCACGGCCCCGGUGCCGGGCACAUUGCUCCGGCGACCCCCUCCAACAACAACACCGCCGCCGCCGCCGUGAACAACAACGUCGACACACCGUUCUGGGUUCCGCUGCUGUACAACCCCGAGAUAGAGCAGCGGAUGAUGGAGAUGCAGGCGCAGUCGCAGAAGGCCUGGGAUGAUCAGCAGAUGAAGAUGGCUGAAGCUGCAACUCCAAAGGAGGAGGGAGCAGCUGAUAAGUGAUAAGUUUGUGUGGCCGGAAGCUGAUCGAUGUUCCUGCUGAACAAUGGAACACACAUGUUAUGAACAUCUAAUUAGCUAUUCAUAAAGAUAGCGCAUAUAUAUGGUGAUCCAGACUAUAUUAAUAAAUAAAAAUAUGGCAGCAAAUCUA